AUGAAGGUCGUCAUUGCGUUCGCCCUUGUGGCCGUUGCACAGGUUGGUGCAGUACAGUACGUUCCUGAAGCAGCGGUCUCUACGCAGCAUCGGACGCAGGAUGUAUGGGGCAACUACAACUUCGGUUACGACGAGAAGCACUCCACGGGCGGAUCCUGGCGCAAGGAGUCUAGCGACGCGUCUGGCAACACUGUCGGCUCAUACGGCCUUCACGACGCGGAUGGCCGCGUGCGCAUCGUCAAUUAUAUCGCCGACAAGUACGGCUUUCGCGCAAUGGUUGCCACCAACGAGCACGGCACAGCCGCUUCCAGCCCGGCCGGCGUGGGGAUCAACGCUCCGAUGGGACCCAUAGGACCUCACGUUGAUAACGAAGAUACCGGUGGAGAAGAGAAUGCCUUUGCAGCUGCGGCGCCCGUUGCUGUCUUUGCUCCCGUUCCAGUCGCCAUUGGUGCUCCCGCCUCUAAGGUGUGGCCCGCUGCAACCUUCAAGCGGCUGCCGUUGCCCCUUUGAGGGCGUACGCUGUCCUCAGCCGAGCAUCAGCCGCCACUCACUGUUCCCACAACCGCUGGGAGUUUUGUGGCUCCCGCUACGGCUGCUUUCGUG